AUGAAAACCUUAUCGUGUCAACCUAACAUCACAUAUGUGAAUGGUUUAGAAUCUUGUGUGUGUACGAAAACUGGACACUGGCCUAAUACCAAUUGUUCCGAUCUCUUUGAACAAUUUUACAAUGAUACAGUAUUCAAAAACAAAUGCAAGGAAGACUCCUACGUGACCGUCCAUUGCAAUAUUUGUAAAUGUAACGAAGGAGGUGAAAUUAACUAUAAAAGAUGUACACGACAUACAUGCGAAAGUGGUAACAUAUUGAACAAAAGUCGCAAAUCGAUAGAAUCGAUUCCAGGCAAAUGUAGCGCUAAGACAUGGUAUUCAUUCGCACCUUGUCAACUAUGUUAUUGCGUUGCUGAAAAUAAACUAGUCUGCAAUCCAUCUAACAAACAUUUAGAUAAACUCACACUAGGUAAAUACAAAUUCUCUGUCUGCGGUGAUAUGUUCUUGAAGGACACUAUUGAUUUAAUACCAUUCAAUGGUGAAUCAUUAAGAUUAGGUGCUAAAAGAUUUGAACCUAACAAUACGCUUGAAAUAAAAUAUGCUCCCGCACCUGUCCCUCCUGAAUACGUACCAAACGAGGAAACAAUAAAUGCACAGAGGAUGUAUGUAGAUAGAAGUUCAGGAUCUAAUUCCAUUGAAUCCGGAGAGGAUACUGAUGUCAGCAAUGUUUAUACUGGAACAAGAAUGCCUGAGCUCGAUAGGAUCGUGUCCGGUGAACGUGUAAAUAUUCACAAGCCAAAAAGCGAAGAAAUCCCAGAUGAAAUUCCAGUAAAAGAGAAAGGAAAGAAACCUAAGAGUAAUAAAAUUGAGAAUAAAAUAAUAGUUUCUUCGAAUAUUGGUUUGAGAAAUCAAGGAAAGAAGUCGGAAGAGACUUAUUAUCGAGAAUUUAAUUUAUCAGAUAUAUUUAAGAAAUUCUUGGGUCUUCGGAAAGCACCGACUAGGAGAGCGGUCUCGUUAGUAUCGAAAAGUGCCUGCAAGCCUGGCUCGGAAAUAGCUAAAGAUUGCAACAUGUGCUACUGUAUGAGAAAUGGAAAUUUACUAUGUACAAAGAAAUUAUGUUGA